AAAAGAGAAGAAAAAACACAGCUAUAGUAAAUGUCAGGCAGUAAUAUUUCACUGCUACUGUAAACCUAAAUGGAAUGUCUGCCUUUGGCACAAGAUUUAACUAUGUAUUAUGUGUGUUUUCUGUUCUUGUUUUUUGUCUUUAGAUGCAAUAUUUUGAAUGCUACAGUGAGGAACAUCAUUGUUAAUCAAAUAUACAAGUACAGGACAGCUUAAUUUACAUAUGUCUCUUUUUUCUAUAGGAAAGGUUUCAUUCAUGGAAGAUCUUGCCUGAUCCCAGCCCUCUUCUCUGCUCUAAUUUCUUAACAUUAGGAAUUAAUUGAUGUCGUACCUGAACGUGCUUUAUGCUUAAAGCUUCUUACAGUGGUGCAGUACAUGCAAUAUGUUUGGUAGUAGAGAGGUGUUUGAUUACAGGGGUGAUAAAGGUAGUUUAUAUUACAUUUUAUCAGUUAAGGAUGGGGGAGAGGAAGGAGAAAGACAUAUUGCAGAACUUUUAUUAUCUUCCUUUUAAUAUCAGUUGGAAUAGAUCCUUUUGUUAGGUUUUAUGUUUGUUGCAAAAUAAUAUGUAAGAAUAGUGACUUCUGUCUUGUUCUCUCCUGACUUGGGGUUUUCUUACCUCAUUUGUAGUGUCGAGUUAUAAGCAAAUACACAUUUAUCCCCAGAAUUUUCACUUCUGGCUUCCCAGCACUGUUGAUCCAUACUGUCUGGUUAGAAACCAGAUAAAAGAAUGUAUUUUAAACAAUGUUUAAAAGAAAUUGCCAAUAAGUGGCGCAGUUAAAACUUGGUUUCUUUCAGGUAGCUUCAUAUUGCCGUCCUGUAGACUGAGAAUAAAGGUACCAAUAUGCCUACAUUUUAUCUUAGGCUCCCAGUGCAGAAGUCUGCCUGUGUAUAUGAAGGGUUCUGAGAGAGGGUCUGCCUUUUUAUUUAAGAAGCUCGUUUUGGUUUUGCUAAGGUUCUAAAGCAUUUCUUCUCCCAGAAGCUUCUUAGCCUUUCAUGAAUGGGCUGGGCACAGCUGCAAACACUAACUGUUCUAAUACACCUUCCAGCUGUGGGGAAUCUUCUACUGUUAGACAUCUUUAGGAGUCUGAUGAACAUUGUGUACGUUUUCCAUUCCAUGCUCAGUGAGUCUCUACCUGUACUACUGUUCAAGUGCAAAAAUGGAAAUGUUGACGCUGCUCCCUUUGCUGUGCUUUCUAUUUGAAGUCCUAUGGCAAGUGGCCACCUUUUUUCUGAUGUCUGGCAAGGCGUUCUGUUGUUCUGUCUUUCACUUGACUCCUUACCUGCAGGAUUAUUUGAUGCACUUCCUUUUUUUUUUCUUUUUAAUAUUCAGUUCCUGGUUUUUCAUUAGCAGGUUGGUCUUCUGCUUUCCGUGUUUAAUUCUUGAGUUUUGUUGCUUGCUUGCUUUCACCUUCUCCAUCUGCUGUAAACCACCUAAUUUUAGUAUUUGAGUAGUCAGUCUGUUUUCCUCCCUCCCCCCAUUUUUUGCAUCCCAGUAACAUAUUUACAGUGGUGGUUCGUGUUUUUCUCUCUGUUCUGUCACCUCCUUUGUGUUCCUUCUCAUCACUGUCAGACACCGGUCCUGAGUAAACUUGUCUAACGGUUUACGUACCUGACAUCAUCUACUCUUGCCCUGCAGCUCUGUACCUGGAGCCCCAUACAUUUGGGUGAACAAGGGCAUCUUUCCCCACUUAACGGCUCUGUUGUUUGCAGCAGCCCUCCAGGACAAGUAAUCCAUAAUGGCUGUCUUCCUUCCUCCCUUUUCCCCUAAACUUCAUUAGGUCACAUUGUAGGGGAACAACCACGAUGUACAUCUUUCUGUGUUGGUAAAAUGUUGCCCACCUAGCUGAACAAGUGGACAUGAAAUAUGCAUCUGAGAAGCAUCCUGUGCAGGUUGGGGAGCUCAUCCUGGAACUGAGUCAGCAGCUUUCCUACAGUAGUAUCUUACUUUGGGUGUUAGUCUGCCUUUGCUGUCUAGUCAUUUUAUUUUACAUAUUUGUCUGCUGCAUUAAGGAGCCUUGUGCUGCCACAGCUAUGUUGCAAGUGCACUUACAAGGAGUAACUAUGUCAUUCACAAAAAGUUUUCAAAAUCUUUUGAUAUGGAACCGAAUACCUUAGCAUGACUUUAUUGACCAAAACCCUUAUUUUUUUAAUUUCACUUAAGAGCAAUGGUUUGGCUUGUUUGGUGUGGGGUUUUUUGGUUUUCUUUCUCCAGCAGCGUCCUUUUAUUUUCUUUUUCUUUCUACCAUAGAGAAAGGAUUUCAGUAUUUUAAAGCUGAAAAAAGUGCAUGGCCAUGCAGAGGGACAAUCCUCAGGUUUGGAUUUACAGUAACUAGUGACAGAAAGAGAAACUAUGCAUGUGGUAACAAGCUUGUGGUGAAGUCUUUGACUUCAGCAGGAAUUUUGUCUGAGUAAACCUUGGCUAUCAAUUAUUUUUUGCUGUGGUGCCCACUCUUGUACUUCUGUCCGCUCUCAGGGUGUAUGUACAUCUCACACUCUUGUGUAGAGACGCUGUCUUUGGAUUUCAGAAGCAAUCUAAGUACAGGACUCCACACCAAUAAGAUUUCGUGUUCUUCAAGUCCAACUGUAACAUCAAGUUCUGGUAGCAGUAGUUCUCUAUCACCCCUUGGAUCUCUCUGUAGACAGAGAUCAUUAGCAAAUGGUGGUUCAUGUUCUGAGUCAAGCACAUCUGGUGUUUCUUCAUCAAUAUCUUCCUAUCCGAAAGCACCAGGCUUUGAACGAGAAGAUCAGGCAAAGCAUCGAGAAUUCCCAGCUGAGAAUCAGCAGACAAUAAAUGAACAAGACAACAAGCAGAACCAUCUCAGUGUUUUUUCAGCAGUUAACCCACUCGCUUCCAGUAUAACUUCCAGUCUGGCCUCUAGUGUUGGGUCAGAUGGUUCAUCUCCUACAGCUGUCUCUGCUAUCAGUGCCAAAGCUCUCCCGUUCUAUUCUGGCAGUAACACAGUUGAAUCUGUAGUAGGUUCUGCUUUAGAUUUGCAUUUUAAUGAUGUGAACAUUGCAUCCCUAGAUAGAGAACUAGAAGAUCAAGAAGGCAGUGACCUUGGAUUAGCAAGUCAAAGAUUACUGGGAAGUUCAGCACCUGUCAACAUUCCAGGUUCUCUUGUUCGUUCCUCAUCUUUACAUUCAUCAUCAUCCCUUUCAACCUCUCCACUUAGUUCUCUCUCACAAUCACUGUCUCAGUCCUUUGUUUCGUCCGCCAUGGCUCCUCACUACCAACAGCCUCAGCCUGUGAGGACAGACCGUGGUUUGUUGGGCACCUCAGCCUCUUCUCACAGCCCUGCAGGUGUAAAUGGUGUUACAGGGAGCAUUUGGGACUUUGUAACUGGGAAUGUCUCCCCUAGCUCAUCCCCAGUACUAAGCGGUGGCACCACCCCCUCAAUAAGUCCAAACGCCAGUGGGAGCGAACUGACUCGAGUUAGACAGGAACUUGACAAUGCCAAGAAAAAAAUGAAACAAUGGGAAGAAUCUUGGAAACAAGUAAAACGGGCCUGUGAUGCAUGGCAGAAGGAGGCUCAAGAAGCAAAAGAACGUGCUGACAUCGCAGAUGUGGACAAACAACUUGCUCUGCAGAAGAAGGAGGAAGUGGAAAAUCAGUUUAAAAAGCUGAAGACACAAUUAGCUGCUUGUCUGUCUACUACGUUACCUUAUAUGAAAAACUAUGGAGAUAUAGAAAAGAUAUCUUUGCCAAAGCUUCGGUCCUUACAAAACCAGCUGCACUUAGAUUUAGAAACAAUAGAUGAGGUGAUUUUUCAGCUUCAGUCCAAGAAGUGUGUCGUAUGUCAGGAAGGUGAUCGUAGCAUUAUCCUUAAUCCACGUCAGCAUUGUGUUCUUGGCGAUCACUGCGCAGCUGCACAAGAAGAAUGUCUGUGCCGCAAGAGAAAAGAUAAUCCGUGGUAACAUACAGGCGUAGUACUCAUAUCAUGUUCAUGAAUUAAAUAAUUGUAUGGUUUUAUACUUUGUAUAAGAAUUAUAUCACUGAUAAUUAAUCCAUCUAAUAGUGCUAGACUGAUUGCCAUCUUGAUGUGGGAAACUUAGUUGCGUUAAGAUAGAGAAUGAGCUUGCUCACCCUGACAUACCGACUUCAGUCACUUCGUGGGGUUCUGUCAUUCCCCCCAAGUCCCAUCGCAGCUGUUUCUGACUUCCACUUACAUUCCCAGCGCACAGCAGCUUAGCUUCAUUUGCACUGUAAUGACUUUGUAUGUGUCUUACCAUGAUGCCCGAAUGAAGUGUUUACACCGGUUAUUUUCGUACACAGAAGAUGGGUACGUAGAUACGGUAACUGCACACUCAACAGUACCAGUGGUCCCUUUGCCGUGCGUGUUGUGUGCGGAACGCCAGAGCCAGUAUUUUGCAAUCAGUCUAACACUAUGUUUACUUGGAUGUUUGAAAAACACUGAUUAAUAUAAAAGCACUUUUUAAUUAUUGCAUUUUAUUAGAAGAUAUGUUGUAAAUGGCUUCAAGCUGCUUUUUGGGUCUUAUGUUUCUUUUUUUAAUAUGCAAUAAUACGACAUGUUAUAUGUGUACUGUGAAUUUAAAAUAUUUUACAUUGUUUUACUGUUAAAUUACAAUAUGAUUAAAUAGAAAUGAUAACUUACCUAGUUCUUUUACAAUUUAUAAUUUAAGUGCAUACUGUAGUAUUUAUAAAGGUACCAGCAGACACAAAACCAGUGAGGCACGUGUGCUUUCAUAUCCAAAGGCGUUUUUUCAAUCUUGUGAAACAGGUCAGUUUCAGUAAAAUGUGCAUUUGCACAUUCCCCUCGGUGUGGAUGUCUGUAGUCCUAAAGUAUUUGUACGUCUCCUAACCCGUGUGGAACUCAUUGGGAGCAGAUACGAUAUAUCUAAUAUUACCAAGUGCCUAUCCCAAAUAUCCUAUAAAAUGGCAGAAGACAUAAAAAAAUAAUUUUACAACUAAUUUCUAUUGCUUAAUUUUGUAUUGAACAAUUUGACAAUAACCAGAAUACAUCUCUUGCUUUUAUAAAUAUUUAAUAAUACACUUCUUUUCAACAGCGAAGCAAUGCACGUUUGAAAGGAACUACAGAAGUAUUUAAAUAUGUAAUCAGGCAGCGGCACUUUGACACAGAGAUUCUUUUAAAAAGUGGUAAUGUCCUUACUUCAUCCUGGUAGUUGUGAACAUGCAAUUCAGAAGAAGUUAAUUAAUUACUGCAUGUUAACCCUGUAUAUUUUUAUUUUUGUUACAUAGAAUAAUUGCCUGCAUUAUUCCUUUUUCUAUUAAAUUCAGGUGUAACACUAGUACAGCUUAGAUUGAAAUGACCUGCUGCUGUGUUACAUGAUUUGUAUCUCUGUAUUACUGUAUUGAGUACAAACAGUGAGUUCACACAGGCAGCAGAGAGUUCACCUGCCUCCAGUUCAGUCACGCUAAAACAAGAAACAAGAUGUACACUAAAAUUCUUAUCAUUGAAAUAGAGUUUUUGAGAACUGCGCCAGCAUUAAAGGGCCCGAGCCAAUAGUACCGCAGGCACUGUCUCCCUUGGGGUUUAGUGUUCUGUAUACAGAGGCUUGAAUUAGCAAAAAGUCAUUACACAUUAUCUGUGAGAACUGAAUGCGCAGACGUGUUGCUGCUUUCCUAAGACACAGACCUGCAGGAACACUGGAGACCUUUUGGGAAGGGCAAGGUAGGGUAAAAUAUUAAAUACACUUCUACUUGCUGCUAUUUCAAAAUUUUGUCUGUAUAUCACUUUAAAGAGCAAAGUUUGGUUCCAUAACAUGAUUUUGUUGACUUCAACAGUUUCUCUGAAACAUUUGUACUGAGGAAAGCAUAAAAUUGGACUGUAUUUGCAUUUCCAAACACUCUUUUCUGCCCUGAAGUAAGAUGUUACACUUUGAAAGGUGUUCCCAGCUUUGGACUUUUAAACAAAGGACCGUGGAUCCCCGAGUUUGGCUGUAGGUAUUAAUUGAUUUUUUGCAUCUGUGUAGCCUUUGCAAAGACAGAGUUUUGAACAGCAUUUUGGACUAAAGCAAAAGUAGUUCUGUAAGGGGUUUGUUUUGGUUUUCUAAACGGUGAGCAAACUGAAGAACAACGUGUCAUAGUUUGAAAUUAUGUAGUUUUCAAACAAGCAGUUAUUUUGGACACCAGUUUACUGUAUUUAUGUCGCGUAGAGCAGCAUUCUGCAACCAUUGUGCUCACAAAAACAUUUAGAAAUAGCUUAGUGCUGUUUUGAAAGAAACCAGCUGAGGCCACAUUGUGCUGCCCUUACGCAGAUACGUGACCUUUGUCACCCACAAAUGGGUUUUGUGCUGUCGUGUCAGAGUUCGUAGUUCUCCAUGGGUGUUCUAGUGCAUUUGCCUGUGUCCUAGGGCUACGGUUUAGUCCCUUUUUUUGGUAGUAACAGGCAAUUUUCCUCAUCUUGUGACACCAACAAAAAAGGAAUGUGACAAGUAACUGCAGUGUGAAUCAUCACCCGGAUAUCAUAGUUUAUACGUGCUGCAUUUUUACAGGAAAUGAACUAUUAUGUUUAGUCUGUUGCUUCUUAAAGUUGUAUGUUUUGUGUUUUGCAAUGAUGAAUCUUGAAAAUAAUGAUGUGUGUCCUAUAGUAGCAUCAGUACUGAACGUUUUUCGGGUGUUCCCUGUAAGUUCCUGUGGUGCUGAGUUACACACACAUCUACAAACGAUCAAGAAACCGUUUUGUGGAGAAGGAAAAACCCAUACCAAAGAAACACACCCAUGUGUGAACUUCUCCGAGUGGGCAGCUUGCUGUGAUUAUGGACGAAUCCUUAGGUAAUCACUUGAACCAGAAAUCAUCAUACAUUACAGACAUACGAAAAUAAUACAGUCGUUCUUCACUAAACUCUUUUUGUGAGGAAUUACAAGCAAAAUUUUCUGUAUCUUUAAUAAAAUAAGUCAACUGCAAGUACAAAUAAAUACGUACUUGAACCCCAGUACUUUAAAACGGAGGAUAACAAAAUAUAUGCAGUUGAUUAGAGACUAUUUGGAAGAAGUCAGAAGUGAAAUCUGACCUUUGUAAAUAUUCAUCCUUGUUCUAUCUACACCAUCUAGAAAGUGGAUACAUUAAAAUUACAUUUUAGCGAGACCACAGUACAGUAAUUUGCUGAAUUCACCAAGUACAGAAAAGCAAACUAAAUAGAUUUUCGAGAUUCAUUUUGGUAUUUGACGGAAGUUCUGUGUUAAUUUAUGUAAGAAUAUAAUUUUUAAUGUGAAUGCCAUUAUGUUGUCACAAUUACUUUAGCCUGGGGAAUAAUAGAUUAAAAUUGUGAUUUCUCAGGGUUCUUACAGUUAGGGGCUGUAAUUUAACCAGAAGGAUGUUAAUUACAGAUGGAUCCCAAGCUGCAUGUUAUAGGCUUAUUAUUAGUCUUCUUUGAGUAGCAGAUUAUUAAAGACAUACUUGUUUCACUCUAUUGUCAUCCAGAGUAUCCCGGUAUUAAAUAUAGGUAGUAAUAUUAUUACUGUCACACAUGCUUGUGUAUCUGUGGUCAUCAUCAGACCCUAAAUAAAUAUGGAAUUUUUACUCAUAUUAAUUUAUGGAAGCUGUUAAUGUUUUGAGUGUAUAGACAGAAAUGAUUUUGUGAAUGAAUUUUUUCUUAAUACAAAUCAUAUUAUUUAUAAUGCAUAUACUCAUUUACUUGUAGUGAACUGUUCAAAAUCGUUAACGCUUGUUAAAACUUUUCUAUGCUAUAGCGUUUAUGCAAUGGUUUACAGAAGUCAUGGAAUUAUUUUUAUUACCAACAUGGAAAUAAAAUUUUGAUCUUUAUUUCUAAGCAA